AUGGCUCCUUGUUUCCAGAGUGGAGAAAGCAAUUUGGAGAAACAUGGUAGGUUAAAAGUUAAAACAACAGCCCAACAGGAGGAGGCAAAGCGGAAGGAACGAGAGCAGAAACUUAAACUUUACAAUGCAGCUACGUCAGCAGCGUUUAAAAAAAGAUUAAAUGGAGAAUUUGAUGAAGAAGGAUUGAAGAUUACAGGCGAGAUACUAUCUGUUAAUCCAGAUUUCUAUUCUCUUUGGAACUACCGCAAGGAAAUAUUUCUGUUCAUGAAGGAAAACAAAGAGACAGACUUUGUACAGAAGCUGAUGCAGGAUGAGCUGGGAUUUCUUGAAUCCUGUCUGAAGGUUAAUCCUAAGUCAUAUGGAGCCUGGCAUCAUCGCUGCUUCAUCAUGGAAAACAUGCCAAACCCAGACUGGGAGCGUGAACUCCAGCUCUGUAACACAUUCUUGGAGUAUGAUGAGCGAAACUUUCAUUGUUGGGAUUAUCGUCGCACAGUUGUUCUGGCCUCAGAUGUUGAUUUAGAACAGGAGCUUGCGUACACCACAGAGAAAAUUCAGACUAACUUCUCCAACUACUCAUCUUGGCAUUACCGCAGUAAACUUCUCCCUGUCAUCUUCCCAGAUCCCACCCACCCUGUCAGGGUACAGGAGGAUAUUUUACUGCAAGAACAUGAGACAGUUCAGAAUGCCAUAUUUACUGAUCCAGAUGAUCAAAGUGCUUGGUUUUAUCACCGCUGGCUUCUGGGUCGAGGCAGGAAAAAAUUGCAGAUCAGCUGUGUCCAUGCCUCUUGUCACACAAACCAGAUAAUAGUGCUUUUGACCAAUCACAUUAAGGUAAAUCAUGGACACAAAUUGUCUGUAAAUAUCAAUAGCACCUCCAUAGCAGGGGAAUGGAAAAACGUGAAAGGGUCAACUAAUUACAGUAAUAUAUGGAUAAUGGCAGUGAAGGAUGGCUUACAAAGUGAAGAGGACUUGUCUAUUGGGGUGACAUUACUUACAGAGUCCGACUGCACACAGUUUUCACAAGGCCUUCAGCUUAAUCAGGGUCAAGAGGAAGCUUGGACAAUGGCUGGCUACAAGGCAGGGACAAGAUUUAGUAUUGAGCUCAGUGCUGCAGCCACCUCUACUCUGGAGACAGAACUGGAGGGGAUCAAAGAGCUACACUCAGUGGAGCCAGAAAACAAAUGGGUGCUUUUGACCUUGGUGUACUUGAUGAAGGCCAUUGAUCCUGUGCAUGAGAGGUAUGAAGAAGGCAUCAACGAGGCUAUAAAUAAACUCAGUGCUGUGGAUACCAAGAGGAGGGCAUUUUAUUGGGAUUUAAAGAGCAAGUUUAUGAUUGAGAAGAUCCUGGAUAUUCAGGAUGUAAACACACGUGAGAUGACCUUGACUGGCCUUGACCUGACUGUCCUGUGUCACACAGAGUGGAUGGUGCUGAUCCAAGAACUUGAUGUUUCACAGAACCACCUAACUAUCCUCAAACCCCUGAGUAAUCUCCCCUGUCUAAAGAUACUCAUUGCCAAUAAUAAUAAAAUAGAAACUGUAGAGGGUCUGCAGCAUUGUAAACAACUUAAAAAACUCCAUCUACAGCAAAAUGCCUUACAAACAGUACAGGUUUUUACCCCCUUGGCUAGCCUCCUGUUGGAGGAAGUCAAUGUUGCUGGGAAUCCUUUGUGCAAUAUUGAGAACUAUACAGACUCACUAAGAGCAGUGCUUCCCUCCCUGUCCCCCAGCUGAAGACAGUUACCCCAGGGCGUGUACCCUACACCUGGUCCAAAAUAUGUCGGUGCUUUGUGAUGUCAGACGAGGAAAUUAGAAAGAGAAAGCUUACAGAAACAAAAUGUGAUAUUUUUUAAUUUAAUGAUCAGUAUUUAAUAAAUUAACUUACAUGAUGAUUUAUCAUACAAGAGUAUUUCAUACUUUUUGUUUUUUACUGUGUCUGAUGAAAUAUUUUGAUUAUGUUAAAGAAAAUGUUUCAGGAGAAUGUUUUAAAAAGUGGAGAAUGGGAUAAAAACACAAAUGGCUUUUUUUUUUCAGAUGUAAAUGUACAAGAAAUUUAGCUACCGGUGUAGCAAAAUUGUAAAUUCUAUGAGGAUGGUUUUUAUGUUAAGUAUUGUAAUUGUACUGUGUAAUCUUUUUAUGUACAUGUAUAUAAAGGCAUGUGAAAAUAAGCAAGCUAGUAAAGAAUUGACAGUAUUUACUGUAGUGCAAUAUCACAAAUAGAACAAAAAUAAAAUUCUAUUCAAUCA